UAGUGGUUUUCCCUUCCCUGGUUUUCAGGUAUGGAGAUAUGAGAAGACAGAUUGGCUUUGAAAUCAGAGACAUGUGGUACAACCUCGGCCAGCACAAGAUAAAGUUCAUCCCGGAGAUGGUGGGCCCGAUUCUAGAGAUGACGCUGGUUCCGGAGACGGAGCUGCGGAAGGCCACCAUCCCCAUCUUCUUCGACAUGAUGCAGUGCGAGUUCCACUCCACCCGCAGCUUCCAGAUGUUUGAAAAUGAGAUCAUCACCAAGCUGGAUCAUGAAGUGGAGGGAGGCAGAGGAGACGAGCAGUACAAAGUGCUAUUUGAUAAAAUCCUCCUGGAGCACUGCCGGAAGCACAAGUACCUCGCCAAGACCGGGGAGACGUUCGUCAAGCUGGUGGUGCGCCUGAUGGAGCGGCUCCUGGACUACAGGACCAUCAUGCACGACGAGAACAAGGAGAACCGCAUGAGCUGCACCGUCAACGUGCUGAAUUUCUACAAAGAAAUUGAGAGAGAAGAGAUGUACCUAAGGUAUUUGUACAAGCUGUGUGACCUCCACAAGGAGUGUGAUAACUACACGGAAGCAGCCUACACCCUACUUCUCCAUGCAAAGCUUCUGAAGUGGUCGGAGGACGUGUGCGUGGCCAACCUCACGCAGCGGGACGGGUACCAGGCCCCCACGCAGGGGCAGCUGAAGGAACAGCUCUACCAAGAAAUCAUCCACUACUUCGACAAAGGCAAGGUGAGACAACGCGCUGUCUACUGUUUCCCUGGGCGCCUCGCUCGGUGUGGGCACCGUCUGUGGACACGCGGUAUCAGCGGGGCCUGGGCGCAGUCAGGCGCACAGUGGAGGUCUGAGGCUUAGUCCUCAGAGGCCGCAUCUAGGCAGACAUCUUAAAAGAGGAAUUGGUCACCCUUAGAGAAGCCAGCCGGAAAGGAAAGGCUGACCCGGGAGACAGUCAGGUCCCUGCCGGAGAGGGCCAGGCUGGACGCUGGCUGGAGGGGCUUCUGGCCACCUGUUCCUUUGAGGGUUGCCGUUUCCCUGCUGUCAUGAGACCUAGGGCAGGGCAAGCAGCACCCCCUCUCUGCAGCUUCUAGGUGGUGGCUUCAGACAGAAUUUCUCCCUGGGACUCCGACUGGUGGAAGCUGCCCUUGCUCUCGCCGGCAGGACCACAGGUCACACCUGGUCCACUUGCUGGGCCAAGCACUGACUGUUACUGUCUCGAGUGAGCAGCUGCAGCUUCUGCAAGUUUUGAGAACGACACUCAGCGAGUUCAGCUCUGUGGGCGGCUUGCUUGUCACUUGGGGAAGUGACGUGGUGCUCCCAGGGGGGCAACUGUUCUGACAAAGACCCCCCCCCUCCUGCCCUCUGGCCUCAGCGCAGGGUGAAUCCACCCGGCUCCCCAGCUGCGC